AUGUCGUCUCCCAGCAAAGCGUCGUUCGGCGACUACUUCCAAUACCUUUUCCCCAUCCUCACCACCGGCUUUGCCUAUGGCUGGGAAAAUGGAUCGUUGGGCGGCAUUCUGGCCAUGCCUCAAUUCCUCGAUUACUUCAAUAACCCAUCCGCCUUUCGUCAAGGUGUACUCACGGCUGGUCUUCAAGCCGGCGAGUUCGGCGGCUCCUUGACUCUGGGAUACUUGCUGGCCGAUCGACUAGGCCGUCGCUUUACCAUCCUCACCGCCAUCACUAUUUACAUUAUCGGCCAGAUCAUCCUUGUUGCCUCCGUCUCGCAGGCGCAAUUCAUCGCAGCGCGUGUCAUCAACGGUUUCGGCGCAGGUGCUCUCUUCCAAACCAUGUCUCUCUACACUGCCGAGAUCUCCCCACCACAAGUGCGCGGUCGGACGACCGCCGUGCUCAACACCGGUAUUGGACUGGGCCUUAUGAUCGCCUACUGGGUGCAGUAUGGAACUUCAAGACUUUCUGGCGGUGCAGCGUGGCGCUUGCCCUUGGGCCUGCAACUUGUGCCCGCCGCGAUCAUCGGCAUUCACAUGUUCUUCCGACCGGAAUCGCCCCGUUGGUUGGUGCGGCACAAUCGCGAUGACGAGGCGUUGAGGGUGCUGGCCCAAUUGCACGCUCAUGGCGAUGAGUCGAAUACCCUCGUCCAGGCCGAGUACUUGGAGAUCCGUGUUGCCGUGGACUAUGAGGCAGAGCUGCAGCAGAAGACGCCGUCGUAUUUCCAGUUGAUCUGUGGGAAGAAGUAUCGACGACGCACAGCGCUUGGCGUAGGUGCUCAAUUCCUGCAGCAAAUUUCUGGGCCGAAUAUUGUACUAUACUACGCCUCCAAAGUCUUCGCCCAAACCGGCACAGUCGGCACGCAAGCCACGCUGCUAGCAAACGGCAUCGGCGGCGCCAUCCUCUUCGUCUCCAGCCUGCAACUCAACAUCAUGAUGGACAAGUACGGCCGGCGCAAACCCCUCAUCUUCGGCCCCUUUGCAAUGGGCGUCUGCUUGAUCGUCGUCGGAUCUAUGCUCGUUGGCUUCGGCUCCCCUUACUUCGACCCUACCACGCAAUCCGUCAACUUCUCUUUCAAGAACAAGUCGGCCGGCCAUGCGGCUAUUGCAUUCAUGUUCUUGUACGAGGCCUUCUUUGGCGGCGCGUACUCCUCUGUUCCUUGGACGUAUCCUAACGAGGUGUUCUCAAUCGAGUCCAGAGCGCGCGGAACGGCACUAUCAACAGCGACAAACUGGUUCUGCAACUUCUGGCUCGGCCUGUACAUCCCCACCGCCCUCAACGAGGCCUCGUGGCGCCUCUACUUCAUCUUCGGCGGCAUCUGCAUCGGCAUCUCGAUCGUGUCGUACCUCUUCUACCCGGAGACGGCGCGCCGCUCGCUGGAAGAGCUGGAGCUGCUGUUCGUCCCGUCGCGCAGCGCCUUCGUCUUCCUCGACAAAGACGCCACGACGAAGCGCAGCCUGCUCGCGCACGACAUUACGGAGGAUCCGCAGGAGGCGGCGCACGAGCUCAAGAAGGCGCUGGGCGCCGAGGCCGUGCAUGUAGACGCGGUGUACGAGGCGUAG